GCCUCCCUGGGCAGCCUGUGUUGCUUGUGUGUUGGUUUUUGUUGUUUUUGUUUUUAAACAUACCAUUCUAGCAUGUGUUCACACAGUGAGAUGCGAGGAAGGGUAACACAGCGGCAGAGUGUAGAUGCCUCUGCUGUAUUUUGAGGUUAUGAAUCUUAUGUAUGUUUAUGGAUUGUUCAAUUUAGUUUCAUAAUACUGUUUCAUUUCAGCAACAACAAAUACUUCCAGUUUCCAGACCAGAGAAGGGCAGGAAGCUUCGUACAUCUUAAAUAGAAAUAUGCAGCUUGCAAAACUUGGAAAAUUUUGAACCCUGAGGAAAUAGGAAAAUACUACAAAGUGAAGACGAAACACAUCUAUCGAGAGCUGAUCUCUGCUUUCAUUGUUUUUUAAACUUUGUGUUAAUAACUGCUUAGUGUCAAAUAGUCUCUGUAAUCUGCUGUGCUAAAAUUAUUAGCUUAAAGCUGGAAAAAAUGAAACAAUUGAAAAGAAAAAGAAAAAGUAAUUUUAGUGUUCAGGAAACGCAAACUCUCCUUAAGGAAAUCAGAAAAAGGAGAGAAGUACUCUUUUCAAAACAACUUAACACAACAAUUAAUGAGAUGAAACGGAAAGCGUGGGAGGAAAUAGCAGAGUGUGUGAAUGCUGUAGGUGAAGGUGAGCAAAGAACAGGUACAGAAGUGAAAAGGAGAUACCUUGACUGGAGAGCGCUCAUGAAGAGGAAGCGUCUGAAUGCAAACAUCAAGGCAGUUGGUGCAGGGUUUCACCUUCCUUCAUCCGACUUAGAUGACUCUCUCAAUGAAGAUAUGGAUGACAAAAUGGGGUUUGCAAAUGAAUCUAGUUUUGAAUGGCAGAACAUUACUGACUUCAGAGAAGCAGGUGGGUCUUUAACAGAAAUCAAAGUAGAAGAAGAAGAGGAGGAUCCACAGAAUUUUGAAUUUCCUAUUGAGGAAGAAGAGAUUUUUUCAUCAGUGUUGCCAGAUUCAAAAAAAGAAAAUGACUUACCAGAUUUCACCCACAUUGAGGAGUUUGGGAAUCUAAGUUCUGCUCAAGCUAGAUUAGCCUAUGAAGAUUCACACUUGCUUAUAAAUCUAGAGAAGCAGAAGGUGGAGCUGGAGAAGCAGCGAUUAGAUAUUGAAGCUGAACGGUUGCAAGUGGAGAAGGAGCGCCUCCAAAUUGAAAAAGAACGGCUGCGGCACAUUGACUUGGAGCAUGAGAGACUUCAGCUGGAGAAGGAGCGACUUCAAAUCGAGCGGGAGAAACUGAGGCUAGAGACUCUGCGUGCUGAGAAACCUGCCCUGGAAAAUGACCUCACCCAGUCCGAAAAACCCAUCAUACAGCCUCUGGAUCUAGAAACUGAGAAGUUAAAACUUGAAAAAGAACGCUUGCAGUUAGAGAAAGAAAGGUUGCAGUUCUUAAAAUUUGAGUCAGAAAAGCUGCAGAUUGAGAAGGAGCGCUUGCAAGUCGAGAAGGAACGCCUCAGAAUUCAGAGAGAGGGUCUCUUGCAGUGAACUUCUCAACUGGAGUGUUAAUGCUAGUGUUCUUUGUUGUGUAGAAUAUAGGUAGUUCUUUUUCUGAUACUGAAACUGUUGUAAAGGUCUAAUGUUCUUCUGUUCAGAGUUGAAUGUUGAUGUUGAACUGUAAUAAUAGAGAAAAAAAAUGGUGCUCAAUAAGUCAGUGUGCCUGUGUAAAUAUGCUUAUAUAAUAAAUUGCUUUUCAGUGUAUCAGAACUAAGUGUUGUUAUGUUCUCCUGUCUUCAGUAUUAUGUUGUAUUUGUUAUAAGUGUCCUUCUCCCAAGACACAUUACUAAGAAUCAAAACCAAGUGCUGUAUUUCUUUUUUUUUUUCUUUUUUUUUUUUAAUACUGCACUAGCAGUUAGGGAGCAUUAGAAUAAGUCAGUACUUCUGUGAGGGCCUCCUGCUGAGGGUAGUCCAUGCAGUAAAUAAGUAUAAUUAGAACAUAGUAACAUACAGUCAUGAUGUGCUUCACUAAACUUUAUUUCCCCUUUUUGUUUUUUCCACUUCCGCAGCUGAAAGGAGUACAAUAACAGUUCAAGAAGUACCCUACAGUGGUGUCUAGUGUUGGAAGUGCAGGAGGUUGUGUUCUGCCUUUUUUGAAGUGUUCAUACCAGAUAGUUACACAUCAACCUACCUACCAUAAGACUUUUGAAUGCAUUGGGUCAUUAAUGAUGUUAUGUGAAGUGUUUCAUGUCUUGGUUACCUGUCAGUGUAGAAUGGGAGCUUCGUAGCAGGAAGUGACAGCUGUCUGAUCAAUCUGUGAUCAUACCCUGAGGGAUGGUUUAUUUCUCGAAAGAGUUCAGCUGAUGACAGGAGUCUUGGGAGUGAAGGCACAGGCUGAGCACAGGCUAACGAGAACUGAGCUUGAUAUUAUGCUCUUGAUAUUAAUUCUUCCUGGCCAGCAGUGAGGUUCACGGAAUCAUAGAAUGGCUUGUGUCGGAAGGGACCCCAGGGAUCAUCAAGUUCCAACCCCCAGCCAUAGGCAGGGCCACCGAUCUCCAGGCGGAGGUUUUUAUGACUUCUGCCAUACAGCGUGUUUUAGUUAGGUAAGCAGAAGUAGUUAGUGCUACAUGCCAUCGUUUCAUAUGUAAUUUAUUUGUUUCAAUAAAAGCCUUUCUGUGAUUUCAUGUAUGUGUGAAUCCCAACUGAGCCACAUUUUACUUGGUUUUUUUGUGAGCAACUACCUUUUUUGAUUCCAUUUGAAACUGUGAGAAUACUAAAUCUGAAUACAUGUUGAGUGACUUAACAUGGAUUCUUGUGAAAGUAGAUAUAUUUAUACCACU